CUGUUCAUGAUCACCGUUGUCGUGAAAGUCUUGGGGACUGGCAUGGCAAGGUGGCCUAGGCCUAGUAAUUUAUAUUUAUUUACCUUAUUUAUUUUAGUCUUUUUUGGUGGUAGUAGAAGAUGGCUGCAAGUAGUUCUAUAAAAUGCAUAAUCAAAAAGCCCGUAGAAGUGAAAAUAUCUGAUACAAAGUCAAGUUUAUGCAGUGGAUUGUCGAUAGUAGAUGUAACGUUUCCAAAUCAUUCAGAAAAGGGCAUCUGCCAGCUUGGAACUAUCUCGUUCAAGAAUGUCUACACAGCCUUUGUGACAAUCAAAAUAAAAAGUAGUGAACUAAAUGGUAAAUGGAGAACAUGUUUGCAUCGUUACCAGUUAAUGAAAUCAGCUCACUGUGAAAGUGGUAGUCAAGAUCAUUUCACCAUAUCUUCUUCACAGAUGUUGUUUGUGCCACAAAGCAUCACAGCUAUAAGGUUGGUUCUCCAACAGCCCUCUUUCUUGUGGAAUCAUUUUGGAAUUGAACAAAUUUCCAUAGAAACACCAUCACAAGCAGAGUCUGGCCAAAAAAAAUCUAUUUCAAAAUGGCUUGAACAGCAUCUGACCUCAAAUUCUGCAGCCAGAAAAAAAAUUGAGAAUGUUGAAGUUGAUAGCAUAUCUGAAGGACUUCAUCGGCUAUGGGCUUUAACUGAGACAGUCAAAGCACGACAAACCUCUUCCACACUUGGAAGAUACGAUGUUGAUGAUAGCUAUGAUAUCAACCUGUUAUCAUACACUUGAUGAGCGUGCUAGCUGCGAGAAAAACAAAGAUCUACCAUGGUCCACUCAUCUUCAAAGACAUCAAUGUUUACCGGUAUUGUCAAAGUGAAGUCGGCGCUGAAAUCAACAUUUACUUUGAACAGCACAAGCGUUGAGUUGCUGUGCGAAGGUUUAGUUGCAUUCGUUGCUGCGAGGAACAGUUCUGAUUGGAAAGAAAUCAUUUUCGGCUGAAUGUUCCUCACGUUACACAAUAUAACAUUCUCAUUUUGACUUGGAUGCGCAUCAACAUAUCUAUCCUUCCAGAUCCAAAUCGUCAACUGUCGGCUGAAUGCUAAAAAUAAAAAAUGAGUCUCUGUUCCUUGAUCAUCAGUUAAAACAUCUGAAAAUCCAUACCUGAAAUUCUGGUGUUCAGAAAUCUGGUCGUAGAACGUUUGAAUAUCAGUAAUUUUUGCUUGCUCUGGUGUCUUCAAUUUGCAAUCACUUCCAACCUCUACAAGAUGCACUUUCUGUUCCGUAAACACGAGAAGUUCCCUCCCUAUUUUGAUUGCGCCAAUUGCAUCUGAGGGCUCCGAAUCGUUUGAAACGAGAUAAAGAUCAGUUCCAUCGAAUCGCAUGAUAAUGCUGGGAGUUUCGGAUCCUGUGUUAUAGCUGCCAGUUAUAAAUACACACUGGAACUCUUUUUUUUGAACUACUUCAAGUUGCCUUUGAGCUUGGUAUGGUAUGGUUACACUUAAUUUCUUUGUCAUGUUACCAUCAAAAUCAUGCACCAUUAGUACGUCUGAAAAGAAUUACAUAGUGUAAAAUUUAGAGGUAGAACAUUCAAGUAAUUUAGCAUAUUUUCAAGUUCAUCGGGCAAUUUGCUUAUUUUAAUCAACUGUAAAUAUAUUUUGUAAAUAAAAGGAGAAGUAUUUGAAAA